AUGGGUAAUAAUACUUCAAUUCAACAACAGAAUUUACAAUAUCAUGGUGGUAAUGGUAAUAAUGGUCAUAUACUGAAUAAUAAAAAUGUAAGAAAGUCAACAGCUUCCUCAUCGGUAAAUAAGGAGAGUCCGACUUCUAAUGCUCAAAUCAGGAAAUCAACUGCAACUAGUAAACAUAAUCACCAAUCAUUAGAUGAUGAAUUUAGUGAUUUAAUUUUACAUCAAGUGAUCAACAAGGGGAAUAAUAAUUCCAACAACAAUAAUAAUAAUAAUAACGAAAAGAAAGAUCAAUUUUCAAAUGAUUUAAUUGAAGAUGAAUUUAAUGAAUUAAAUGAAAAGUUGGUGGAGACUGAAUCAACAUCAUUACUGAGAAAUAUAAUUCCUGAAAACAACAACAAGAGAAUGCAUGAUGAAGAUUAUGAUGAUAACUAUAUGGAUAUAGAUGAAGACUAUCCAAAUGAAUCCAAUAUUUUCCCUGACGAGUUUGAAACGGAAAGAUCUAAUCAAACACCCACUCCAGAUUUAACAAAAGUUGAUUUCACCAAAAUAACAAAUAACAAUAAUAAUAUCAAGAAUGAUUAUUUUAAUCAAAAAACGCCAGCACCUGCACAGACUCAAUCAGCUGCUUCUAUUGCCAGGGCAGCUUCUCAUACACCAUCACCAAGGAUAAUUGAACACAAUCAAAAUCAAAAUCAAAAUCAAACUCAAGCUCAAAAUAUUUCAAUCCCUCCUCCUACGAAAAAAAGAAAUACUGGCUCAAUGCUAAUUCCAAUUGAAAUUAAAUGGGUAAAUACAAAUAAAGAAUUCAUUUCAAAAAUUUCCAUAAUUGGUUCAUUUUCAAAUUGGAGAGAUGUUAUAAAAUUAAAUCCCCUGAUGCAACAUCCAAAUGAAUAUACAACAACUUUGAUAUUACCAUUAGGUGUGCAUAAAUUGUUAUAUAUUAUCAAUAAUGAAUAUAGGGUUUCUGAUCAAUUACCAACCGCAACAGAUCAAGAAGGUUUAUUUUUUAAUUGGUUUGAAGUGAUUGAUGAUACACAUCUUUUUAAUCACUCGUCAAAUCAAAGCACACACAUUGGUGCUUCAUCAGAAUAUGAUGCCAACAUCAUACCACUGGAUAGUAUUAGUAGUUUCUAUUAUCCUAGACAAGCAGGUAAAUAUGAAACAGAUAAAAUUCAAGAAAAAUCAAUGGAUUUAUUGCAUAAAAUUUCAAAAGAAAAUUCAUCACAAUUUGAACAUGUUGAAUAUUAUGAAAAUAAUUCAAAUACAACAAAUUCACAACCUGAAACACCAUUGGAAGAACCAGAACAAGAAUCGCCAUUAUUACAUCCACAAACAUCACAACUUAAUUCCUCUUCAUAUCAAUAUUCAAAUGAAAUUCCUGAAAUGUUUAUAAAUUAUGAUUAUUUUAAAUUCAAACCGCAAGAUUAUGAAUUACCUGAACCACCACAAUUACCACCACAUUUAAACAAUGUUUUGUUGAAUAAAAUAAGCUCUUCAUCAAACUCAAAUUCGAACAUAAGUUCAAAUUCCAAUUUGAUACCUUCAAAUUUUAAUAAUAACACUGUAACAGGCACUACACAAACUUAUUCUCAUAAAAGACCACCGUUAAGAAGAGCUGAUAGUUCGUAUUAUGCAAGUAAUAAAGAGGCUUAUCAUUUAUCAAUUCCAAAUCAUGUCAUAUUGAAUCAUUUAAUGACCACUAGUAUCAAAAAUGAUGUUUUAACAGUGGCUUGUAUUACUAGAUAUUCUGGGAAAUUUGUAACUCAAAUAAUGCAUUCUCCGGCUGACACAAAUAAUAAAUAA